AUGCAUCUUCUACUGCUACUGCUGGUCCUGCCUCUGGGGCAGGCAGGGCGGCACCAAGAUGGCCUCCAGAGUCAGCAUUCUCUCUCCUUUGAGCUUCUAGAAAGGAGUCAUGGGGAGAUCCCCAUGGGCAACCACGAGGAGGCUGAGGAGAAGCCAGAUCUGUUUGUGGCAAUGCCACACCUGCUGGGCACCAGUCCUGCCAUGGAAGGCCAGAGACAGAGAGAGAAGAUGCUGUCCAGGUUGGGGAACUUAUGGGAGCAGUCUGAGAGAAAACAGCAUCUGUCUGGGGAUUCCGUCAGUGAGCGCAGUGUGCCACCUGUGACCCAGGCCCACCCUCAGCCGGUGGAUGGGAGAGAAAUGGAGAAAUCUCCUCUUCGGGAAGAGGCCAAGAAAUUCUGGAACUACUUCAUGUUCAGAAAGAGCCCCACUUCUCAGGGGGUCAUCUUGCCCAUUAAAAGCCACGAAGUGCAUCAGGAGACCUGUCGAACAGUACCCUUCAGCCAGACUAUCACUCAUGAAGACUGUGAAAAAGUAGUUGUCCAGAACCACCUUUGUUUUGGGAAGUGUGGGUCUGCUAAUCUUCCUGGAGCUGUGCAGCGCGCCCAUGCCUCCUGCUCCCACUGCUUGCCUACCAAGUUCACUAUGAUGCACUUGUCCUUGAACUGCACUGGCCUGGCCCCUGUGGUCAAGGUAGUGAUGCUGGUGAAGGAGUGCCAAUGCCAGAUAAAGACAGACCACAGGGAUGGAUACCUCGAGCAGGAAGAUUUCCAUGCCCAGGAUUCCUUUGUUCCGGGAUUUUCAACUUAA